CAGGUUGGAACUGGGUUGCACGUCAGCCACGAUGAUGAGUCUGUCCGCCUACCCUCGGCACGUCUGGAGGUUCCUCUGAUGAUAAAAUACGCCAGGCUGGUAGAGGAGAUGAGGAAGCCGUAUGGGAAGUGCUUGACGGACUUCCACGACAAACAAUAGCGUUUGAGAUGUUCCAAAUCUAAACGAACGACGAGCAAGAGAUUUUGGUGAAACCCUCUGAGGAGACGUGUACACAUUCUCCUCUCUUUUAAAAAUGAAUAAAAUCCAACUAAUUUGUUUCAAUCAACGGGCGGUUGGAAAAACUUAGACGUAUCGUGUAUUUCCGAAGACCUACUAAUCAGCUACUACAGUCGAACAAGACCCGGACUUACGCGGUUCUGGAGCGGACGUAAUUGAAUGAUUCUGUAAUUAAAACGUAUCUUUAAAACCUUUUUGUAUUUUGAAACACUUUUUUUAGACCGGUACGCAAAGCUCUGAACCACCAAUUUUGAGUUCAGAGGUACACUGGAUAAUCCAUACUGUAUUCACAGUACGCUCCUACUGAUCCCCGGAUUAUACGGGUCCUAGUUCGGGUUUAGUAAAUAUAUUCUUGCUCGCCCUCACUGAUUGAUACAGAGCCUACGUCUGCUUUCUCGGUUCUCCACAAAUAAAAAAAAAAAAACCCUACAGUGAUCAGGUCUUCCUUUAUAUUAUUUGAUUUUUGACCGGCUUCCUCAAUAGACCCCUGUUCCAGGCGUAAAAGGGGGUCAGUACUUCCUCUAGAGGAUCCUGUCGACACUGGAGAAAUGUCAGUGGCAAGAUCAGAACGCUCCGUAUAAAGGGGUUCUGAAGACCUCUAGUCUUUUUAGUUAGGACGUUCGCGUUGAGUGACACGCGUCCCGGUAAUCGAUCCUAGACUGCGCUCCUGCACGAUCACACGCUUCAUACACGUGUGCGUGAGAUUAUCCCGAGGUGACACAACUCCUAAUAACGUGUGUAAUCUCUGCUUAGAUGAGCGCUCAGAUUGCUGACUUUGACAACGUGGGUUUAUAGUGCAGACGGACGUAGUCUGGAGACGUCUACGCUACACGUCUGCGUUCCUGUGUUCGUGUCAUAACACUACACUACAUUUCUGUACUGUUAGUAGAACAGCACUCUGUAUGGCGUAAAUCUUAAACAGUGUAGGUUCAUUAUUUUGUUAUUAUUGUGUUUAUGAAACAUUGUUGAUCACGUGUGUGUGUGUGUGUGUGUGAGAAAUGAGGGAAUCCUGCUGACUUCGACAUUGUGCACUAGUCCAAUGAGAGCACCGUAAAGGCGGAGCCUCUCCCUCAGACACGCGUUACAAAUACAGCCUCACGCAGCGCCCACCUUCACACGCACCCGUCUACACGUCUGCUUUUCACACCCAUACGCAGGUCACAUCAUGAGUCCAAAGCACGUCAUUUAUAAGAAACUGUCACGUGACAAAUCUGUGGGCAUCUACAUGGGCAGGCGGGACUUUGUGGAUCACUGUGACUUCGUCGAUCCUGUUGAUGGUGUCGUGCUGCUCGAUCUGCAGCAAGUGAAAGGAAAGAAAGUGUAUGUCAUGUUGUCAUGUACGUUCCGUUAUGGCCGUGAUGACACGGACGUACUGGGCUGGGCGUUUCGGAGAGAUAUCUACGUUUGCACGAGGCAGGUGUAUCCCCCGCUGCAGGACCGGGAGCGCAGCAUCCACACCAAACUUCAAGAGAGGCUGCUGCGUAAACUGGGAAACGACGCCCACCCCUUCUUCUUUGAGUUUCCUGAUAACCUGCCGUGCUCCGUGGCUCUGCAGCCGGCACCCACUGACGAGGGCAAGCGUUGUAUGGUGGAGUUUGAGGUGACGGCUUUCUGUGGUGAGAAUCAGGAUGAGAAAGCUCAGAAGAGGAGCUCAGUGCGGUUAGCUAUAAGGAAGGUGCAGUACGCUCCUGAUAAAGGCGCCGCUCCUCCAUCGAACGAGACGACCUGUGAGUUUAUGAUGUCAGACAAACCGCUGCAUGUGCGCGUCGCUCUGGAGAAAGAGACUUAUUAUCAUGGUGAACCCAUCAAUGUCAGUGUGGACAUUGAUAACAGCUCCAGCAAGGACAUGAAGAACCUCACAGUUUCAGUUGAGCAGGUGACUAAUGUGGUGCUCUACUCCAAUGAUAAAUACAUAAAAUCUGUAGCCUGUGAGGAAACCACAGACAUGGUGCCAUCUGGAACCAGCCUGAAGAAAGUGUACACUCUAUACCCCUUACUGAAGAACAGCCGUGAGAGGCGGGGCUUAGCACUGGAUGGGAAGCUGAAGCACGAGGACACCAACCUGGCCUCCUCUAGCAUAGUGAAGGCGGAAGUGUUGAAGGAGAUUCUGGGGAUACUGGUGUCCUACAGAGUGGUGGUCAGGGGCACUGCAGCUGGCAUGAUCGGCUCGAGUGAGAUUGCUGUGGAGGUUCCGUUUCUGCUCAUGCAUCCUAAACCUGAGGAAGCUAAAGAAAGUGAGAACAUGGACAUGGUGUUUGAGGACUUUAAGCGGUCGUAUCUCAAAGGCGUGGUCGGUGACGACGACGAAUCCGCCGAGGACUCGUGAGACUCCGGUCAUCUCUUCUAGCCGGAUUACAGUAUAUACAGUGUUUAUUACGGUGUUAGAGAUUAUUAUCGUCUAGCGUGAACGUGUAUUAGGUGGAUGAAGGGGUAACGGCACUACUGAUCUGUGUUUACUCGGCGUCUGACUAGCAAUGUGUUGGUAAAUCAUCAAUAAAGAUUAGUGUGUGACUGAAGCUGGACACACACACACACGCACAAUUCUUUUCUUUCAUUCUUUUCCCUACGACUUUCAGACGCAAGUAGUUCACAUUGUUACGUUCUACUAAAAAUAUAGUGUACGUAUCGGUACGUAUUAGGUGUGUUUGUGUGAGUUUUACACAACUAAAACAAAAAAUCUAUUCGCAAAGCUUUCCAUACAAACAAAAUGGU